UGACUGAUUGGUCUGGACCCUUUGGGUAGUAUUUACGUAAAGUAGAGAAUAUGGGCGCACUUCACUUUUAGGCAAUAAUAUCAUUUCAGCAGGGAAAAACAAGUGACUGUUGCUGGCUGAGUUAAGGAUCGCAGGCUGUGAAGAAACAAGUGCGUUUCCUGACGCUGCUGCUGUUACCUUUGCUACCACAUCUCCCUCCAGUCAGGUUGAAACUCCAAACGCUUUAAUAAAAAAACGGUUUGCGAUUCAAUUGGAAAUCGGUAGAAAUCGCCAUGGAGUGUCCUGUGAAGGCUUCCCCUGUCAGACCCGGGUAUCAUAGAUCGGAGAUCCAGAAAAUGACGUGGGACGUCCCGGAGAGGUACAUGACGCUUCGGUCCAUCGGCUCCGGAGCUUACGGGAGUGUUUGCUCUGCCACUGACCAGAAGACCAAGGAGAAGGUGGCAAUCAAGAAGCUUUAUCGGCCUUUCCAGUCAGUCAUCCAUGCCAAGCGUGCCUACAGGGAGCUCAGGCUGCUUCGCCACAUCCAGCAUGAAAAUGUGAUCUGCCUCCUUGACGUCUUCACACCGGAUUCCACUCUGGAAAAUUUCCAAACCUUUUAUUUAGUAAUGCCAUUUGUAGCCCAGGACCUGGGCCACAUUAUGAAGAGGAAGAGAUUAAGUGAUCGCAUUAUCACGUACCUUUUCUACCAGCUUCUAAAAGGACUCAAGUACAUCCAUUCUGCAGGAAUCAUUCAUCGGGAUUUGAAGCCUGGUAACCUUGCAGUGAGUGAGAACUGUGAAUUAAAGAUCCUGGAUUUUGGCUUGGCAAGACAUACAGAGAGUGAAAUGACUGGUUAUGUGGUGACACGUUGGUACAGAGCACCAGAGAUCAUUUUCAACUGGAUGCACUACAGUCAAACAGUGGACGUCUGGUCCGCUGCCUGCAUCCUGGCCGAGAUGAUUACAGGUCAGGUACUGUUCCCAGGACAUGACAGUAUUGAUCAGCUGAAAAAGAUCCUCCGCCUGACAGGAACACCAGACUCCUCCCUGGUUCAAAAGAUGCAGAGUAAAGAUGCACAGUCAUAUAUGGAAGGUCUCCCUGCACAAAAGAAGAAGAAUUUUAAAGAAGUGUUUCCGUCGAUGGAUGCAAAUGCUGUAGAUUUAUUGGAGGGGAUGUUGCUGCUGGACCCAGAGAUGAGGCCUACAGCUAAACAGGGACUGUCUCACCCCUUCCUGGCUGAGUACCACGACCCAGAGAGUGAGGCAGACUCAGAGCCUUAUGAUGACUCCUUCGAGAGCCUGGAACUCGCUGUUGGCGAGUGGAAGAGUCUUAUCCACAUGGAGAUCAUGACCUUUGACCCUGAUGACCCCAGUAAAACAGCCAUGUAGGAUGCUGUGAUGUACUAGCCCUUCCCGCUUUGGUUAAAAUACCUACACAUGCUGCACGUGUCCUCUACAGCAACUAUUGAUUGACAGACAUUUUUUUGUGCAUAUUGCCAGCCUGGUCUCCCACUAAAUACUGUUAUUUUUACUUUUACGCAAACCAUCAGAAAUGUUCUUGCACAUUUCGUACAGAAAAUACGACUGCAUUGUUUAUGGAGAUGGUAGUGACACUGAGGAAAACCUAGCCUUAACACGUGUUACUCAGUAUGACUAAACCUAAUCAUAUUCAUAACCAGGAAAUGGAUAUCUAUACCCUUAUUGCCUUAUUUCAGUGCCCAAAAAAAGUUUCCAAGGGAAGUCUGUAGACAGAAAAAACACUACCUCAGGGUGUGUGUAGACUUAAAUCAGUAAUAUGAUUUUGAUUCAGAAACAUGAGCUCACAAUUGUCUGUGGUUUGCAGAAAUAUACAGCAACAACAACAUGUGACCCUGGUUUU